CCUCCUACACAAAGAGCAACAGUCUGUUCCGUAGCAAAGCGACCGUGGUUGCCUGGCAGAUGCACAUCUGGAGAUCUCUGAAGAGACAUACUUAACUUUUUCCACUGUAACCAUUCCAGCAAGAAAUUUAGGGGAUAGGCGGAGUUAUGUUGCUCUAAUUAUGUACAACUUAAUAACUUGUAUGUCUUUUAUUAUCAUUAUUAUAUAUGGAUUCAUUUUUUUAUUUUUUUUUUAUCUUAUUUUCCAGUCAUAUUUUUGGCUGCACAGAAGCACGUAGGAGGGAGACUGUUGCCUAGGUAAAAAAAAUAAUAAUAAUGAGGACCUAGACCCCUGGGAGAUGAAAUCUGAGGCGGAAUGAGAUUGCCUUGGUGCUUGCGUGUUGGAUGCGGCUUCAUUCGCUCUCUAUUCUCCCCCCUGUCACUGACUGGCCCAGGAAGGAUCUAUCCGUGGUGCUGGAACGCUGCUGGAGAGCUUUGGUAAAGGCUGUGUGUGAUUUCAAAACAGAUAAAGCAAGAGAGAGCAACAGAGAGACAGGAGGGGAGACAACUGAAGGGAUGAUAUUUGCUUCGUCAAUGGUACAGUAGGCUUGCUCUUUGUCUCCUGAUUUACAAGUGAAAAUCCCUAAUUAAUCUGCUGCUGCGGCUUCUGACGGACUAAAGAUCGCAAGCUUACCAAUAUUGGUCGACGGGGGAGGAAUGAUACCAAGCGCCUGUCGAUUCCAAGCCUUAUGUAUCUAAUGGGGACGAGGAAGCGUCUACGGAACGGAAGUCUUUGUUAAAAGAAACAACACAAGCGACAACAACCACAAUAUAGAAAAUGAGUGAUGCUCUAUAUCUGCCAGUGGUGUUAAAUUUUCAUCAGUAUCAUUUUUAUGUCGGAAGAAAUAUGAGCAAAUGAAGCUUACUAGCAAGGCUCCUUUUUCCUGUACAGGUUGCGUCUUUUUACGCUUUGUGGUAAAGUGGAUACAAAUCAUUCACCGGACAUCAACAUAAACCUUGUUUAUACACUGUUUGUGAUGGAGGAUUAACGGAGCGCUGGUUUGUUUUCUUGCAAAAUCACACCUGCUGCGAGUCGCUGCAACGAUUUUGCAUGCUGCAAGCUCGGAGAUGGCCAUCGUCGGCUUUUCAGCCACCCGGGAUUCAAAUGAGCAGUUGUCCGCCUUUCCUCAUCAAAAACAAACACUUCAAAACUGAACCCUUUAAUAUUUUUUAAGCAGCAGCUUACAAAUGGUCGGUCUCCUAUGGUGCUGAAAAAUUCUGUUGUUCAUAUACAGAAUCAAACUGGAGAAAGGGCUCCACUAAGAAGAAAUUAACUCCUUUCUGUUUGCACUUCAGUGUCUGCAGAGAUUCUGCAUCAUUUUCAAGAGUUAUUACAUUGCCUCUGAAGAAAAAUGAAUACAAAAGAGGAAGAAGCCACUUUGACUCAGUUUUUUCAUUAUGUUGAAGACCAAGGGCUCCAAGCUUAUGACAGCCUGGUCAUACAGAAUGCUUCAGACAUUGCUCGAGAGAGCGAUCGAAUGAGGAAUGAGACCAACUUAGCUUACCUGAAAGAGAAGAAGCGGAGACAAGAAGAGGCAAUUAAACGAAUUGGAGAGGAUGUUGGGAGAGGAAGUGACGGCGGGUAUAUGGGGAAACAUUUCCGUAUGGGAUUUAUGACAAUGCCGGCCCCUCAGGAUCGUCUGCCUCACCCUUGUACGGGUGGCUUUACUGUCCGUUCACAGUCACUUCACUCUGUUGGUGGCGGGGAAGAUGACAGUUGUCUCGGCUCUCGUAAACAGCCACCACCAAAACCUAAGAGGGAUCCCAGCACUAAGUUAAGCACUUCAUCAGAGACAGUCAAUGCCCCUGUUCCUUGUAAAACUGGGAAGGAUCUGGAUAUAAAUGAUGCACUGUCAAAGCAAAGACCACACAGUGAUGAAUACGCAAAGAAAAUCCCACCCCCAAAGCCGAAGAGGAAUCCAAACACUCAGUUAAGCACAUCGUUUGACGAGUCUUACAUCAGGAAUCAUGGUGCCAAGAAGUCCUCAAAGAAAGAAAAGUCAUCUUCACAGACACAAAGUCCUGCCAGAGACACUGAUGAGGAUGAGCCUGUGUACAUUGAAAUGGUGGGAAAUAUUCUGAGGGACUUCAAGAGAGAUGAUGAAGACCAAAGUGAAGCUGUCUAUGAGGAAAUGAAGUAUCCUAUUUUCGAUGACCUUGGCCCAGACUGUAAGUGGCCCAGUAUUUAUAGUUCUGAACACAUAAGUUAUUCUUCUCAGUGUGCUACUCCUACAGUGCCUGACUUGGAGUACACUAAGUACUCAGUGCCAUCAACCCAAAAGGGCAUUAUUUGUGACAUCCCUGCUCCUUUUCCAAAUCUUCUCUCACACAGACCACCACUGCUGGUAUUUCCUCCAGCCCCAGCACAGUGUUCACCAAACUCGGAUGAAUCCCCUUUAACUCCCUUAGAAGUUACCAAGCUGCCUGUGCUGGAAAACGUCUCUUAUAUAAAACAACCUGGAGCAUCACCAUCCUCUUCCUCUCCUCAGGCUUCUACACAUCAAAAAACUGAUAAAGAGCUCCCUCCAACACAUACCAUCACAGCUUCCGGGCGCUCCUCGGCACCACCCCUUCCUUCUGCACUCUAUAAAUCCUCAGCUUCUGCACAUGGGUAUCCAAGGAGCCAUUCUGCCUGUCCUUCUCCUGUCAGUAUGGGUAGGUCUCUGACCCCCUUAAGCCUCAAGAGACCUCCUCCCUAUGACUCAUUACAUUCAGGAAGUAUCCCAAGAAGCUCAUCCUCAGUGCCUCACUCACUAAUCAAAAACUCUUCGCAGGAGGGAGCCAAGCUAGCUAACUCUUCCUCUUGUACUCACGGCUCAAUGCAAAAUGUGUCACGGUCAAGAACACCAACCAGUCCGUUAGAUGAACUCACAAGCCUUUUUACCUCAGGACGGAGCCUCUUGAGGAAAUCUUCCAGUGGCAGGAAAUCCAAGGAGCCAACAGAGAGUGAAGCAAAAAUUAGGAGCCACAGCACUGAGCCUCUUCCUAGGCAUGAGAGCAAAGAUCGAGGGAUGACAGGGACAAUGAAGGCCCAUGAGUGGGAUGGUGUACCUGAACAGCCACCAGCAGGACCAGGCAGUAGACUGGGGAGGUCAUCGGUCAGUCCGACACUAAUGCUGGGCAACAGUAGUUCAGAAUCCAAAGCUGUUUGCAAACUGGGUCGAUCAGCUUCUACAUCAGGUGUUCCUCCUCCCUCCGUCGCACCCUUCAGACAAAGUGGUGAGGUGCAGCAGAGCCAGGUGUCACAUAUUCAGUGGAUGUACGGGGACAACACCAUGAUGGAAAUGAUUGAAAAGAAGCGGUGUCUGUGUAAGGAGAUCAAGGAGAGGCAGAAACCUGACAAAGGCCUUUGCAAACAAGAAAGCAUGCCCAUUCUGCCAAGCUGGAAAAAGAACAAUGGGACUAAGAAAUACAGUCCCCCUCCUUAUUCGACGCAAACUACUGUGUUUUGGGACACAGCCAUAUGACAAUGUCCUGAGUGAAAAGGACAAUAACCUUUGGCAAUUAACCUUUGAACUACACAGGUAGAUCAAAGGUUGUCUUUAUAGGGAGACAUUUGGGCCUGAAGAGGCUGUUAUCUGACUGCCCAUCUGGGCCAUAUGGAAAAUGAUUGAUCGGGUGUCCAAAUGUAGCAAUUGUAUAUCUGAGGGUGCAAAAUUAUCAUGUUUUCUUAUUACGGUUUAUAUUGCAUAUUUUUCUAUUUGAAUAAAUGUCUUAAUAUGAAAAUUUGCUUAGUAUUGUUAGAUAUUUUGUAUGCAGAAUACAUAGAUAUAGAGUGAUUCAAUAUGGUUUUGUUAUAAACUCUUUUAGCUGUAUUUUAUGUUUCAAUGGGUCAUCAUCAUUGCCAUCCCAGCACCACCGUUGUCAUGGUCAUUUGCUCAUUCCAUAAAAGUGAGUCUCUCUAUUGAAAUAGUAAAAUCAACAAGUCAUGUCACUUUUUUUAUUACGCUCAAAUGUCAAUUUGCUACAGUGAUAUGAAAAAAGGAACUAUUUUAAUGAGCAUAUAUUUUGAAAUGUGUUGAAAAUCUUAUUUUAAAAUUUAUAAUCUUUGAAACAGCUUGCUUUUUACUAAGACAAAUCAGCCCCAAUUGUGGGAAAUGUAUAGUUUUUAUUGAGUGCGGUUGUCCAACUCUCCGAUGUUAUGUGCUCUGGCAUUUACUCAUUUACAAACUAGUGCAAUUACCUUGAAAAUCAAAUUAUCAAACAAGAAGAGGCCAUGCCACCUCCACCCUAACAUUGGGUGGCUCAGGUGUCUCAAGCAAAUUUUCUUUUUUUUCGCUCCAGGAUCUUCCUUAGUAAGCAACAACAUCAAUGCAUAUUGAGUGAACCUGAAAAUCAGCAUUAGCUUGCAGUGUCUUGCCUCAUCUAUCCAUGCUUGCCUGUGCCAAGGAGCGAGAAGGACUGGGUCUUUCUUUUAGUUGCCUCUGGAAGGGAAAGGGCAUUUUGUUCUUGACGUGUUUCUCAUAUACUUUUGACUACUUUGCUUGUUUGAUCAAAAGCAGAGGUUUCUCGGUUUUGCUACCAUGUGUCCAUGAACGUUUCCUAACACGUUUCACAAGCCUUGGUGUAUCAUCAUCAAGACCUUCUAAUGCCAUUUAUGUUGCCUCAUUGUUAGGGUAAAUUUGCAAACAAACUCAAACUUGAUGGCAAUUAAUGAGCAAGUGAAAUGUAAAGCAUCCCGAUGCAUGGGGUAUACCUCUCCUUCCCAGGUAGAUCUUCCCUAUGAGCAAAAUUUGUUGAUUACUUUGGUCAUCUGUGAUACCACUGACAUCUGUAUGAACCUAAAGAGUACAGUUAUGGUGCUUUCUUCUGUUAAAGGCACAAUUCUUCUCAAAGCCCCCAUUAGUUAUAACUUUUGAUCCUGGAAGUUAUGCAGGUAAACCUCAAUGUUAGCUUCACAGUAGUUGGACCCUUGUCUGGCACUUUCAGGUUGGAGCCCCACAUCUGUCAUUGUUUUAUACUCUUAAUAUGUUGGCUCAAAAAGCGCACAGGUGUAUUUAUUGUAUUGUAAAAACAGAAAGUUGUGCUGUGCACAACAAAAUUACAACAAUGUGGAGAUUGACGGGUGCACUAUAUUUAAGUCUUCAGUAAAUGAGUUCAUAAAUCUACAAAAGGCUGUAAUGAUUUACUGACUGUCGACAAGUCGUGUCACUAACCAAUGCUUUUCUUUGAAUUUCUGGCUGCAGUCAAUUUUUCUUUUUUCUAUAACACUCUGACAUAAAUAUUAAAACUAACAAAGAGACUGUGGACACUGUAAUUUCUUGAAUCUCGGAGGAAAAAAAUUGCCAAAAAAAAAUGAAUUUCACAGCUAUCAUGAAAUGUUUCAUGUGAGCAUUCCUGACACUGUGGUACCCACUGAUCUCCUCAUGAAAAUUAUUGUCUUGUACUAGUCUAAGCUACAAGAUGUUCAUGUUUGUGGAGUGUCCUGAAUUUUUUCUCUGCCUUUCAAGUUCUGAAGCUAGCAUUGUCUUAAAUGUUAGGCAGUUUUUUCAAGCCACCAAUGCUACCUUCCCCAUUUCAUGAGCAGUAUAACAAAGAUAUUGUAUGUGCACCAGUUAAAACUAAUAUUGUGGCUCAGUUACUUUUCAGUUUUGCUUUGUAUGUUGUGUAGAUUGAAAUUACAAGGCAGGGCACAAAAAAAAAUCCACAUCUUAAAACUGUAGCCCACAGUCUGAGAGCUUUAAGCAAAUGGAAACAGGGUUUUUUUUCUGAUUUUAUUUUAUUCAUAAAAACACUCCUAAAUAUUGGAGGUAGACAAAAUAUCGAUGUUGCUUAUAAGUGUGUGAACUGAUAGGUAAACUGAAUAAUGCAUGACUGCUUUUUCUCCUCAGCAGAAAGUAAUUUCAUAUUCUGGAGGAGGUCUUUUUAUAAAAAAAGAUAAGACUUGAGUCUGCUUUGUCAUUGUAAAGCUCUGCUCACAAUGGACACCCAUCUAAAACUUGUUGUCUUGUUGCCUUGAGGAGACCAUGGUUCACUGUGACUUUAUCAAGCCAGUCACUUUGGAGAAAAACAACAAAAGACUAGCAUUAAGGUUGGUUGCCUGUAUCACUGUAAGGUUACAUUAUUAGGAUUAAAUCUAACUCUUUUUUUUACCUUUACUCUAACAGCUGUGCUGUUUAUUUUAUAGCUUAAAGCUGAAAAUAAUCAAACUAACAAGAAAAUCGCUCAUUAAUUGACUGAUACAGCCAACUUAGUAACCUGGUUACUGUACUACCAAAAAUAUUGCAAAUCAUAACAAUGUGUGCAAUUGUUAAAUUAAAGCUUUGACAAGCAGCCUCUUAUUAAACAGAACAAUUCCUGCCUAAUUUGUGUUUCCGAGUUUAGUAUACAAUAUCCACGGUUACAAAAUGAUUGUUUAGCAUUCACUCUUCUGUUUCUCAGAGUAAUGAGUUUUAAUAUAAUAGUGUAAAAUUUAUUUUGUGUAAAGUGCACUGUGAAUUAUAAGAAAAAGCACAGUAAUGUCACUUUUUGUCUUUAUUGCACUGAAAGUGUUUCCUUUUUUUAAAUUUCUAAACAUGUUGAAAAGUAUGCUUAAUUGUACCACUGUUUUCUUUUGAGAAUUUACAGAUUACUAUGAGAGAAAUAAAUACCUAUUUGCUUUUUAUUGGUAUGAAGUGCAAAAUCAUUUUAGACUCUUGUGUGCCAGAUCUGACAGCCAGCAAGAAACGGAUG